AUGGUCCCCGUCCCAUGGUCCAUCACAUCUCUCUCGCUCAGCAACAUCCGUCACGGCACCGGUGGCUACUGGAAUUUCAACAUCCUCGACACCCCAACACCCACCCCGCAAGGCUUCAACACCACCUGCGCAUACUACGCCAACACCUACACCUUCGCGCUCGACGGGCCUCCGCCCUACAACGCGCCGUGCAGCAAUCCGAAUGUGACAUUUGGGUUUUUUCCCAAUGCGAAUCAUGAGUUUACGUUUAAUGUCACCCACAUUUAUGACUGUGGACAAGUGACGCCAUGUACCGAUAAUGGGACGUGGAGCUUCUCUUGGGAUUCUGUGAGAGGCCAGGAGGAUGAUGUGCAGAAUAAUUUUGGACAGGCGGGGAGUUUUGCAUCGGCUUCGUUGAGUAUGUAUCCUACGAGAGCGGUUGCGAGUUCGAAGUGUGAGUUCUGUUAG